AUGCGCAGUUUGCUGCUGGUAUGCGUUGUUGCUGCUGCUGCUACGGCCCUUGAAGGCCCAUUAGCAGCAGCAGCACACACUGAUAUCCCGCUGCGCGACAAGCUGCAGCAGCAGCAGCAGCAGCAGCAGCAGCAGGAGCCUGUUGAAGAAGAAGAGUUAUCGUUUGAAGAGUUUCUUGCUUCUGGGGGAUUAGGCGGAGAGGGCGAGCAAGAAGAGAACGCCGACUUUGGUGUUGCUGCUGCAGGCAGCAGCAGCAGCAGCAAUGGUGAAGCAGACGGGAGCUGGGGUCUCAGCAGCUUGGUUGCUGCAGCAGAAGCAGCAGAAGCAGCAGGAAAAGCCUUUGCUGCGUCUCUGAUGUCCGUGGGGCAAGGGCCGAACUAUGAAGAUGAUGAUGAGCAGCAGCAGCAGCAGCAGCAGCAGCAGCAGCAGCAGCAGGAAGAAGAUAAGGCAGGAGAAGCGCUGGGGCUGUGGGAGCUUAAGGGGAUUUCAGAAGCAGCAAAAGCAAGUGCAGCAGCAGCAGUUGCUGCAGCAGAGGAGCAGACAGAGAAGCUUGCUGCUUCUGUUGCUGCUGCAGGGGCUCAGGCUCAGGAGCAGCUGCAGACUGUAUAUGAAGAGGCAAUGAAGCAAGCGCAGCAGCUAGCAGCAGCAGCAGCAGACACACCUGCAGCAAAAGAUUUAAAGCAUGUGUUGGAGAUAGUAGAAAGGGGGGAGACCCCUUCUCUCUCAGAUGAAUCGGUGCGUCGCUGCGCAGAGCGUCUAUCUACUCUUCUUGCUGCUGCAGCUGCUGCUGCUGCUGCUGCAGCUGCAGCAGACAGCAACGACAGCAACAGACCUAUGCGAGUACUGUGGGGAGCUCUGGGGGGAUUGAGCGCCAGAAGCAGAAGAAGAAGAAGCAGCAGCAGCAGCAGCAGCAGCAGCUACUACGGAACAACCAGCAGCAGCAGCAGCAGAAGAAGAAGAAGCAAGAGAGGAGCUGCAGCAAAGAGGAGGGAUCAGAAUGCAGCAGAUGCAAUGAUGCGUGUGCUGCAGCAUAUAUUUAAUGGUGGGAGCAGCGGUAGUCAGCAGCAGCAGCAGCGGCGGCAGAGGAGGCAGCUGCGGGGACAGCAGCAGCAGCAGCAGCAGGAAGGUGAUGGUGAGCAAAUGCUAACUACUGUCGUUAGUGCGCUGACCGCUGCAGCAAAUGGAGCAGGUAGCGGCGAGCAGCUGCAGCAGCAGAAGCAGCAGCUGGAGCAGCAGCAGGAGCAGUUGGCGGCGCUGCAGAGGCAAAUAGAGUCACUGCAGCAGCAGCUUCAACAGCAACAACAGCAACAACCAGAGGAGAACUAA